CGACACAACAGACAAGGCAUCACUCAUUUUUGGGUAGCACCUCUCGGAAAUUUCGCUGAUGUCUGCAAUGCUCGGGUCCCAGUUUAGUGCAUUACGUUUUUAAGAUUCCAGGCCUAUGUUUUCAACUAUGGAAUGGUGAAAAAACAUUUUGCUGACUAAGCAAAGUGCUUGGUGAAAAAACUGCUUUGGAGGCUCAUCUGCAAGUGAUAAUUAACUGAUUACAAACAAUAAUGGCAUCUCACCUGUGGGCGAACAGCACAACAUGGAACCCACCAUCCAGUGGUCUCAUUAAUGAAGAUGAGAUUAAGAAAUGGUGUUACAAUUUGCAAAGACUGUGGAACAUGUACAAGAAAGACGAACAGUUCUUUUGCUUAAUGCAGACCAAACUUGACAAUAGUCCCAACCCCUACAUUGAGGCACUGCUGAUCUGCAGAAACUGUGAAGACUUUGGCAUGCCUGGAAGAUUGACUCUAGCACACGAUGUUAUGGUCCACUUUAAAUUCUGGCUUGCUGACAAUGACGCUGCUUGUCAAUGCUUGAAUCACGAGGCCAAGCUGAUAGCGUGCAAAUUAAUUCCACACUGCAACGACGGCGUCCUGGCUGCGAAUAUUUUCAACCUAUACUGCCUUCAAUCAGAGCCGUACAUGUUAAAGAGCGUGGUGGAUGAAGAAUUAGCCGGAAAGAAGUACAAGGAAGCGUGCUAUCUGGCUACUCUGGGCAGACUGCACGCGCACUACACUGUGGAGCAAAUUGCUCUGCCCCUUUUAUUGCAAGACAAAUUGAUUAUCGCGGAGCAUUUCCUCGACGGCUCACCAGACCACCAGAAGGCGUUGGUCAUGCUCCUGGACAACAUUCUUGGAAUGAAUGACAUCAGUCAGCUGCACCAGCUAGGCUUGAGCCUGAAAGUUGCAAACAUGAAGCUGGGUAAUCUCAACCCUAAAUCGUUCAAGAAGCUGGUGUCCAGGCUCUCCAAAAAGUACCGACUCUCAGACCUCUGUCCCAACUUAAACAAGAAGAAUAAGAAAGGAGCCUUGUUCUUCAUGCUGAAGAAGCGCUACAUUGAGAAGACCAUUGGUGAAGAGAGUUGGCAGGAGAUGGCCCAUGAGGCAGUAAAAGACUCUCCAGACUUGCAAAUUGAACUUAUCCAAGGAGUGCACGGCUAUGGAGCGCACCAGGAUGUUGCCUUUUGGAUCAGGCGCUACAAGAUCCCGGUUUCCGACCUUCCAGAGCAUGUGCAAGCAAGCAUUGACUUGAACUCGAACAGCUCUUCAAGACCUGUGGACUCCUGUUCAAGCCAAAAAGAUCUUUAUCUUCAACUACCCUUGCCGUCUUCCAGUUUGAUAAUUGUUGACAACCCGGAAGCUGUGGCAGCUUUUCUUGAUGAAGGGUUGAAAGGUGCGAGACUCGUGGGAAUUGAUGCUGAAUGGAAACCGUCUUUUGGAGGGAAACCUCCUGAAUUGGCUCUCAUUCAAAUAAGUUUGCCUGAAAAGGUGUAUUUAAUUGAUAUAACCGUCCUGAAGAAGAAUCUCAGCAAGGAAUUAAUGAUUCAACUUGGUUCUCAAUUCUUCUUCCAAUCGUCAAUUUUGAAACUAGGAUUUGGUCUUAACCAUGAUUUGAGAGCUAUCGAACACUCUCUGCCUGACAUUGGUGGUUCUCUGGAUGUAAAUGUGGGUGGCUAUCUGGACUUACAAACAUUGUGGAACAUGCUCACCUCUGUGUACAAUAUCCAAUUGCCUUACAUAGCCCGUCAGGACGCUGGCCAAGGAUUGUCAAGUCUAGUGCAGCAGUGUUUAGGCAAGCCCUUGAACAAAGAGAAUCAGUUUUCCAAUUGGGAGCGUCGACCGCUCAGAGAAAACCAAAUCACCUACGCAGCUCUGGAUGCGCACUGCCUUUUGCAGAUCUACUCUGUUCUUGAAAAGUGCUGUCGUGAGCAAGGCACCGUGUUUGCAGAGGUUUGCCGUGCGGCUGGUUCCUGCUCGUACAAGCCUUCACAGCAAAAAGUGCAAUCACCUGCACAGAAAAGCGGAGCGGGGUCUGUGCCCUCGAGUCACGGACCAAGGACCAAACUCCUGGCAAAGAACGCGCGACUCCUUUGCGACACAAUGGUACAAGGGCUUGGCAAAUAUUUGAGGAAGCUGGGAAUUGACACGAAAAUUAUAUCGAACCCAGUCCAACAUUCGUACAGCGUUCAACUGGCGUUGAUGGAGGACAGGUUUUUGAUUACAAGGGGAAAGUCCUACCAAGAGUUUGCUAGUCAACUGCCGCAGGGGCAUGUGAUGAACAUCACUUCCCAGUUUGUUGAAGAACAAGUUGACGAGGUUCUUAGGUUUUUUAACAUUUGCGUCAGCCAGAAUGAUAUCUUCGCGCGUUGCAUGGGCUGUAACGAGGGAAAUUUUAUGGAGUUGUCAUGUAGCCAAAUCAUCUCAAUGAUGGACAGCGACGUGAAGGAGUUUGAGGGAACGCCUGUCAAGUACCACAAGAUCCCACGCGCGCUAUUGACCAAGGUAGAUAUGUUCCGUGUUUGCAAAGGCUGUGGCCACUGUUAUUGGGAUGGCUCUCACAUCGAACGCUUUUUGCGAAGUAAGGUUGCUAAAAAAGUUCUUCCGUCUGACUAAAUAAUAUAAAAUAAGCACGAGAUGAUUCCCAGUUAGUCUGUUACAUUUGUAUGCAGAAAUGUAUAACCAGUGAAUAUAUAAAAUAUGUAACCAUUUUUUCUAUUUAUCAAGUACCGAUCAAUAAAUUUACACCUUUUGUUAAAUUA